AUGGAGGACGAGUCGAGUCAAGUGCCCAAAAAGCGUACGUUUAAGAAGUUCACGUUCCGAGGUGUGGACCUGGAUCAGUUGCUCGACAAGAACAACAAGGAGUUGAUGGAGUUGUUCACGUGUCGAGUGAGACGCCGAUUGUCUCGCGGACUGAAACGCAAACCCAUGGCUCUGAUGAAGAAGUUGCGUAAAGCGAAGAAGGAGUGCCAACCGCUCGAGAAGCCGGAAGUCGUGAAGACCCACUUGCGAGACAUGAUUGUGAUGCCAGAGAUGGUGGGCUCAGUGGUGGGCGUCUAUAACGGCAAAACGUUCAAUCAGGUGGAGAUCAAGCCCGAGAUGAUUGGCCACUAUUUGGGAGAGUUCUCCAUCACGUAUAAGCCCGUCAAACACGGACGACCCGGUAUUGGCGCCACACACUCCUCCAGAUUCAUACCUCUUAAGUAG